AUGGCUGCCGCCUUCUUCGCAGAUGACGACUGCCAGGGAGCCGACGACGAGCGCUGCGCGCUGAAUGCUCUCCAAGUCGGUCGCUGCGUCGUGGACUUCAACCGCGAUGUUCGGGUUCCGCUCCUGGAGAUGGUGCAGCAGCUGCAGACCAUUACCAACAAGCUGGUCAUCGAGUUGAAUACGGCAGAGCAGGGCUCCAAAGAGGAUGACAACGAGGGGCUCCUUCCUGUCGCAUCAUCUGCCCACAAGCUCCUCCGUGAAGUUGGGCCGAAGUUCAUGAUGAUGCUGAACAACACGAACGCAAUUAAGAGGGAUCCAGGCCUAGACAAGUAUGGGCCGCAUGCGGUGAUGCAGGAGGACUCUCUUCUGGAGAUGUUGAAGUUUACCGUCGUCCAUGCAGGGAUUGUCGUGCACGAGGUGAUCUCCGCUGCCAGCCAUAACGUCACCAACUACAGCUUCGCUAUCCACGUGAACAACGAUGCGCAGGCGGCGCGGGCCUGGCUCCAGUCCUCGCUGAAACAUGCCUGGCUCGGGGCCAAGGACAUGCUGCCGAGGAUCCAAGCGCUUGUGAACAACAGCUAUGGCUCGCCGACGACGAUGGCGAAGCAGGCAGCCUGCGCGUCCAACACCGCCAGCGGGAUCUCGAAGCUUACCACCCUCUACUCGGACAUCGUGACUGCUGGUUCCGACUGCAAUGUGUCCGACAUGGCGCUCUUCAGCGCGGAGGACUGCCAGUCCAGCGCGCUGAACGUCCAGUCCGGCAUCGAUGGUGUGAUCCAGGAUGGGGCUGACAUCAUGUGGAACUGCUACCACAGCAGUUGGGUCUGCGCCAAGAGCAUCGCCCAAUCAAGCAGGAAUUUGAUUCAGUCUUUCAUGUCCACCAUCGUCAUGAGAUCGGCCUGCAAGUCUACUGACGACAUCUCCUUGGCUGUGUGCAAGAGCGAGUCCUUCCAACUCCUCGCUGGCCUCGCCGCUGCGUCCUCCCACAUGUUCGAAACCAGCGGCGUGUGCGAAUCUCCCUGCAAAAGGUGA